GAAUCUUCGGAGCAUCCCGACUAUCGUCAAAUCGCGUCUUUUUUUCUAGGCUGGGUCUUUAUUUGCAGUCUCCUAUGCAUCGGGACCUCGCCAGUGAUGUGUCACCUGUAUCGAAAAUGCACCAGGGCCUUUGAUCAAGACCUGCAGCUAGAGUCCGCCUUUCGCAAUGAACAUGGCGCUCUUUGGAAGAAUUCUGAGAAGCAUCUAGAAACCCUUUUGGGGGGUGAUCGAGGUUCCAGCAUAAAUUCAUUGGAAGAUGAAAACUCUGUGCUAGUCCUGCUGCUUUCUCUUUGUUUCGCGUUCGCGAGCGUGGCCCACUUUUCAUCCUUACUGUCGUUCAAUUCCAGCAGUGGAUCUUCUGUUUGUGCAUUUGUCGUUGCCUUAGGAGGAUUUUCUGCAGCCUGUGCUCGUCUCAUGGGUCUGAUCGUCUUAAAUCUUGAUCUACGAAAAUUCGAGCUGUGGCGGUGGGAAAUAUAUCUGGCUUGGUCUUGGUUAUUUGUUGGUGGUGGUUUUGUGGUUGCAACAUAUGCCACUAGCGUUGGAACAGUCGCAUAUGUACUACAGCUCGGAACGUACUUGUGCUACAGGACAAGCUACCUUCCCACCGCCUUGACCAUGUCCUUGAUGCUCGUGACCCUAGAGCUCUACAUAAUCGGCAGACUGUUGUCCUUUAUUGCUCCGCCAUUCCUCGAGUUCAAGCACAGGAUUGGAGCAAUAACGGAUACGAGAGUUCUUCGCGCGCUAUCGCUUUUGCUCUUCGACCUCUUGACUUUGGUACCCGGAGUCAAGUCGAUCGACAUCAUCGGUGAAUUUGUUCCAUUCAGUAUAGGAGCUCUUAUUGUGCUAGCAACGUUCCAUAAACGUCGAAGGAGCCCGAUUCUUGGCGAACCAAUACCUGUACCCAUGAGCCUUGAUUGUUCAACAGCUCCCACCAUUCGAGUGUCGAUGCCUCCCAGACGCACCGCACAAAUUCAUAUCCCUGGCCAUCCGUUCGCUGCCUCGACGGACUUCCCAACCACUCAGACCUACCGUACAUCUGUUGCGUCGUCAAUAUCAUCUAGUCUUUAUAGUUCCAACACUGCUGCUCGUAGUUGCCAGACCGAUGUGGUCGAGAUUGCCUCGAGAUUAAGGUACACCCAAUCUCGCCCCCAUUUACUCGAUCCGGUUGAGACCUUCAGUUCAUCGGUUUCAAUCUAUGGUCAUGACGAGGCUGUGGAGGAGUACACCAAGACCCGUUCCGCGCCACCAUCUGAUGCUGGUCGUAUUCUACUUAACCAGAAUGAGUACGCACAAGACUUAGAGCGCCAUCAAGGUCCACCUAGCCGUGACGGUCUCCCCAUCAGGCCACACAUCAACAUCACUACUUCACAACUGCUGCUGCCCCCUGCGGCGCAGACGUCUCGGCCAAUAUCUGCCGAUUCAGUGGCGUACGGGUCUGAUAUCAUCCAGCCAUUCGGCUCCCGUGGCAGGGUGGAUGUGACCAAGAGACGGUCUCAGCGCUCCCGUAGCAGCACACUACCAGGUGCUCCUGUGACUCCCUCCGACGAAAAGUCUUCGUCUUCGGAGCACCGACAUGACCAGUGGUUGACGUUUGGGCAGAGCAGUCUAUCACCUACCAGGCGAAGUACGUUUGGCAACCAGUCUCUUCUAUCAUUUCUUCCCCAGCCAUCCCCUACAGAACAACUGGCCGCCAGUGUUCCAUAUUCUUCAAAAUUACUCACACAGAGCACCUUCGGAGAGCAGUCUUUCAAUGCUCUUAGUCCUGCUGGAUCCCGAAGAUUUUUUGGUAGACUUCCAUCGCUGAAAGUGCAGGAGGAAGCGGCAGAAGAUAACAGCCUCAUUGAUCCUUCCAUCCCGGCAUUCGUAACGUACCGUCGUGCCCCUCCAGCUGCCAGUGGAAUACGCAUUCGUGGACCACGUCCCCCUCCGAGGGUAUUUUGGCACUCGAACACUACACCAACGAGUUCUUUUGGUGUAACUGAGAUUAACGGCUCCAACACGCUCAGUUUACAUACCACUUUUGACGAGUUUACUUACACUCCUUUCGUGCCAUUGGCGGCACGGUAA